GAUCGCGGGGCACCGGGGGAUGCGGGGGCCGGGCGGUGCGGGGAGCUGGGGCCAGGUAGUCGCUGGGGCACCGGGGGUGCGGGGCCGGGGCGGCUCUCGGCCAGUGGGCUGGGCGCCGCGCACUCCCCGCCCCGCUCGCCCCAUGUGCAGAAAUAGCCCCGCCGCGGCCGGCAGCGGCUUUUCCGCGGGGAGCGGGCGGGCGGCGGCGGCGGAGCAUCCCCGGGCGGAUCGGCGGCGGGCCCGGCCCGGCCCGGCCCCUCCCGUCCCGUCCCGUCCCGUCCCCUCCCGUGGCGGAUGGCCCCGCGGCGGGCGCAGCGGCCGGGCCCCGCGGCGGGCGGGCGGUGAGCGGGGCCCCGCGGAUGCCCCCCGAGGGCCGGGCGGAGCGGGGGGCCACGGCCCGGGGCUCGCCGCGCCCCUCCGGCCCCCCACGCCCCGGCAGCAGGCGGCGGUGAGCCCGGACAUGGGUGUUUCUCGCCGGGAAGCGCUGCCCCGUGGCCUGUUGGUACCUGCGGGCGGGCGCCCGGUGGAAAGUACCUUUUUCUCAUGAACGGGUCGAGUUCCACGCCCUGGGCUCUCGCCAUGGACACUAUGAAAACGACCUACAUCGUGCUGGAGCUGAUCAUCGCUGUGCUGUCUAUCGCGGGCAACGUCCUGGUCUGCUGGGCUGUGGCCAUCAACAGCACUUUGAAGAACGCAACCAAUUAUUUCCUGGUGUCCCUGGCAGUGGCUGAUAUUGCGGUGGGUUUGCUCGCCAUCCCUUUCGCCAUCACCAUCAGUAUCGGAUUCCACGUGGAUUUUCACAGCUGCCUCUUCUUCGCCUGCUUCGUGCUGGUGCUGACCCAAAGCUCCAUUUUCAGCUUGCUGGCGGUGGCCAUCGACCGGUACCUGGCUAUUAAGAUCCCACUGAGGUAUAAUAGUUUGGUGACUGGCAAGCGGGCAAGAGGACUCAUCGCUGUGCUGUGGCUCCUGUCCUUUGGAAUUGGAUUGACUCCACUUAUGGGCUGGAAUAAAGCUAUGAGCGGUUGUCCCAAUGCCACCAAUGAGACAGGGGCUGACACCGGGACAGAACACCAUGGCUGCUUCAUCUCAUGCCUCUUUGAGAAUGUGGUAACGAUGAGCUACAUGGUGUACUUCAACUUCUUUGGCUGCGUGCUGCUUCCACUUGUUAUCAUGCUGGGAAUCUACAUUAAGAUAUUCAUGGUCGCCUGCAAACAGUUGCAUCAGAUCGAACUGAUGGGCAACUCCAGGACCACGCUGCAGAAGGAGGUCCACGCAGCCAAGUCUCUGGCCAUCAUUGUAGGACUUUUUGCCUUCUGUUGGCUGCCCCUGCAUAUCUUGAACUGUAUCACUCACUUCCAUGAGGAGUUUGCCAAAUCCAAGCCUGAGUGGGUGAUGUAUGUGGCCAUCAUCCUCUCCCAUGCCAACUCUGUCAUCAACCCCAUCAUCUAUGCCUACAGGAUCAGGGACUUCCGCUACACCUUCCGCAAGAUCAUUUCCAAGCUCCUCUGUAAGACAGAUGACUUCCCCAAGUGCGCCACUGACAACAACCAGCACCUGACUGUCACCAACAUCAACUGUCCGGUAGCCUCUGUGACCAUAUGACUUUGCAUGUCCUGCUCCGAGGAUUGUGCAGCCUGUCCCUGACACUACCCUUCCCUGUGCCUACAUGAACAGUCACAGCUAACUCCUAGAGGAGUGCUCAGAGAUGACCACUAUGCAGUUAUGCAGCUGUAUUUUUUUUUUUUUUAAUUAUUUUUGUAAUUAACAUAGUGCCUCCUAGAGGAAUAACCUGACAGGGGAGACUGAGCGCAGCUCACCCUCGGCUGUAAACCCAGGUUGCGUGAGUGCUGGUGACUGUAUUGUGUUUCCUUUCCAGGUCAGACACUGACUGUGGAAGACCCACCUGCUGGGGUGUUUCCCUAAUCGUGCUGCUCAUGUCAAAUCCUAGGAUCUUUAUUUUAAUUAUUAUUAUUUUUUAAUCUUUGGAUUCAUUUAGGAGUAAUAAUUUUGUGUCUGUUUUUGAGUUGUUCUUUCAGUCCAUACUUGACAGCACUUUGGUAAUACCCUAAUUAUUCCAUCAAUUGUUUGAUGCAGCUAGUAUUCUCUGAUGGGAAAAAAGUCUUACUUAGCCCAGUUGCUGGUGUGAAACUGAAUCUGCGUUCCAGGCUCUGAGGGGCGGGACCACGUUGAUGGGAAAACAGCAGAAAUGGCCAGCUAUUUUUGGCCCCAGUAUGGAAGCCCUACUUACUGAAAAAGAAACAUUUUAGGAAAGAGCUGACUAAAGUUUUAGAACAGCGUUUUUAUUGCCUUUAGAUCACUUUGGUCUACAGGAUUGUGCAGACCAGCGCUUCAGGUUUGCUUUCUGUUUCCAGCUAUCAAAAUGCAGAAGGCAGAAGUGCCCUAAUGGUCUCAGCGAGUCUGAUCCAGCGUCGCUCAGGUUAGUGCAACCACUGCCUUGGUGACACGAUCUCUACAAUUAGGUUUUUGCUCCCAAGUCCAAGUACCUGACAGCCUUGCAGGGCUUCCAGAAGUGCAGGCUUCAGCUGCGAUAGCUGGAUGCUGCAAAGCUCAUUUAUUCCUAAAACUUGGCCUUGUUGGGGUUACUCUGUAGCCCAGUAACCCCCAGAAGCUGUGAGUGCUUUUUUUCUAAUGGUGUGUUUUUGGUUUUGUUUUGUUUUGUUUUGUUUUUUUAAAAUCCUGACCUGUAUCGGUAGCGAAAGAGACUGGAAGGGAGCUAAUUUUCUGGAGAAACGGGAAUGUCUUGACUUGUGACCUGGUUUUGGCCAAGCUCCUUGAGGAAGACGCUCACUUCGCAGAUUGCCUAGCCUGGCCUCUGCAGUUAGUUAGCCAGGAGUCUUGGCCCGUUCCAAGUACAAAGCUCACUCAACAGCGGAGUAGUCUUAAUUUGUACUGCAAGUUAAUAAUUCUCUGCAACCACAGCUCAGUAAUUACUGCACCUGAUUUAAUAUAUAACUGUGAUAUGCAAAACUAGAACUGUGCACUCAUUUCUGAAGUAGGAGCUCCGCUUCUCCAGACUGCAUGACGUGCACUGCUGUAACCAAACUAGUGUUUCUGGCGUGUCUUUUAUUUUGCAGGGCAGUUUCAUUCCACAACCGAGAGGAACAGGGAGGUGGGCCAGAAAAAACACCCGACAGCCUCCCUGCUUGGUGCCCAAAAGCCGGCUGUGGUACAGACACAGCUGUUGUUGACUAGCUCAGACCUGCCAUCACGUUGUGGUCCUCUUACAAACAGGAGUCUUGCCUGAAGGUCCGUCCCUACGUGGUGAAGCGGUACCACCUCUCUCCGAAGCACUCGGUGCCAGCAGCAUCACCACGGGACCGGUGAGAAGCUGGAGUGCAAGGAUUUGGGCUAAAUAGGGGGUUCAGUGGUAACGCACACAGGGAGAUGGAGACGGGGAGCAGCAGGCCUUUCAGAGCAAGGGGGCAGGGAAGAAAGUUUAAACACAGCCAGUUCCUGAAGAACAGGUCCAGUGGACAGACUGUGAUGCCUGGAGCAGUUUGUCCCUGAUAAAUUGUACUUGAAUCAUAUAGGAAGCAGCUUUGUAUUUUUUUAACUGCACUGCACUAAAAGGGGGGUAAUAUAAGACCCCAAGCAUUUAAUUUCUCUGGCAUAUAUAAUGAUAAAUAUGGUAUAAAAUCAGCCCAAAAGCUGACCUGAAGAAAUCCUGUUUCCGCAGCACCUGCUGUGCCGGCUAGCGUGACCUGCAGGCAGCAGCUGCAGUUAUGACUUGGGGCCCACCAUGCAGAGGACGGUUCACCUGGAGUGAUGGAUUUCGCUACCCUGUGUGUGUACCCUGUGUAACACAGCAGCUCAGCCCUAAGAGCCAGCCCCAACCCUGGGUGAAUCUCCAGGCAGCUCUGAAUGGGUUUGUACAUGCUCAUGCAAUGUCCAAAUCUAGCUCCAGCUCAGUGUCUCGGAUACUGGCAUUUCCAAGAAGAAUCUGAAUAGUUAAGUUCCUGUCCCAAGUGUUUCUCCUUUAACAGCCCCAUUCAGCUUUGCUGCAUCUGCCUUGGUCAUAGUCCAGCUAACACAUGUAGCCACCUCCUGCCAUUUGGGCAGGGUUUGACUCUCUCCUCCUUUCAUUUCUUCCCUUCUGUAUUAUCUUUGGCCGAGUUCCUUCUGUUAAUCACGGCUGGAAACAAGCAGGGUUUCACCUGCAGGUCUGGCAGUGUUGCAAAGUGGUUGCAAGCCACAUUUAUCCUUACAACAAAGAAUGUAAUCGCUCCUCUCCUGCUGGCUGGACAGCACGAACAGACUGAAACACACAGCGCUGCAAUGAGAGAGCCGGUCCUGGAACACUUGCUUGUAUGUGACAGCUUGCACUGCAGCGCGGCAGCCACGACUGCUACCUUUCAUACGCCUCUUGUGAGCCAGAAUUUCUGUAGACAGAUGUGGUGCAUCCUUAGUACGUCUGUGCCGCUGGGUUGUUGGCCAUUAUUAACUAUGGCCUGGGUCACCAUGGCCUUUAGGCAUAUAAAGUGCCUCCGUGGAUCUGAGCCAAAGACACUUCAAGGCAAAAUAAAAAUAGGAUGCUCCCUCGCCCCCCUCAAAAAAAAGCUCUGAAGGUUUCUAUAAAAAUGUGAAGUCAAAAUGGCAGAGGAACUUUCUGCAGUGGGUUCAGCUAUCACUCCUUACUGCUCUGAUGUACAUAGGACGGAUGUGUUUGCCUCAUGUUACUCUGAUUUUGUAUUUGCAGUAACUGUUAUUUACAUACAGAAUGCUUAAUUUACCACCUACACAACCUG